CGCUUUCCUGUCGCUAUAGCAACGAGUGCGGGCGCGAGGCAUGCGAGGAUCUUCCGCUCUCCGCCCCGUGGCCAAUGAGCGCGCGGAAUGGCGGAGGCGUUGGCCAAUGGGUAGCGGAGGGGGCGGGGCUAGCGGCUCCGCGGGGCGGUUAAAACGUAGCGGCGGCGUCGGUGCGCGUCCGCCCGCGGGACUGCGCGGCUCCCGGCCGAACGCCGUUGGUGCGGGGGACCAUGGGCGAGCAGAAGGCGGUGAUAAAGGACACGGACAUGCCGGAGGAGAUGCAGCAGCAGGCCGUGCAGUGCGCCCUGCGGUCCCUGGAGGAACACAGCCCUGAGUGCAGCGUUGCUGCUCAUAUUAAGAGGGAGUUUGACAGGAGAUACAACCCCACGUGGCACUGCGUUGUGGGGAGGAACUUUUCCAGCUGCGUGACGCACGAGACCAAUCACUUCAUCUUCGCCUACCUGGGCCACGUCGCUCUUCUUCUCUUCAAGUCUGCUUAGAGCCGGGGGCCGCUUCCCGAGCCCCGCCCCGCCCUUCCGUAACCCACAGCCCGCUGCUCUCAGACCGACCGAGGGAGGACUUUUCUGGAGUGAAUGGUGUUCUUAUUGUUCCUAGGGACGAAAUGGAAAAAGGAUCCCCUUCUUGUGUUUAUGUGUGAUCUACAGCAGGCUUCUUUCCCAAUAAAAACGUUCUGCCUUUCAAAGCUGUGCGCUGUCUGCGCUCUCUCUGACGUUGCUUGGGCUGCUUAAUUCCCCCUGAGCCCAGCAAUGGAUGUGCUCAUAACUCGUCAGUGAUGGAACAGUAACAGAUAAACUGGGGACAAAUGAAAGCAGUGAGGCUGAAAUUCCUGCCCAGAAAAUAACAGGAAAGGGAUCAGCGCUCAGGAAAUUCAAAUGCUGUUUUUCGAUUGAAUUAAAAUUCCUUUAAGAAGUCAUUGUCUUUUCAGUCUGAA